AACUACAAAAACCUCUUUUAGAAGUAAUGUUUAAACCAACCCGACCAUAUACCUCUGAUAUGACUCUAGAUGAGAAAGUUAAAAGAACUUACCAUUCGCUUUUGAAAGCUCGACGAGUAAAGAAUCGCAUCUUAAUUUUACUUAAUGCCUUUUUCUUAGGACAACUUAUUAAUGACGAUAUUACACUUGCUCAACGAAUUCUGCAAUGUCAAACGAUGACCAGUCAUUAUCAUCAAAGUGCUACUCGAGUAUAUCAUUUAUUUGAAACGUUCGGUACUCAACAAAUCAUG